AUGUUUCCAAGAAAUGUGAUGACCGCCAAUCAUCGUAAGGUGGACUAUGUAGGAGAAGUGUGUCGAGCUGUGGGUGAAAUGGUCGCCAUUCUAAUUAAUCACUGUAUUGCUCGAAAGUGCUGUGGGUACAGGGCGGGGGCCAUUGAUGGGGUGCGCACUUUCAGUGGCAUGGCCACGGGCGGCGCCAGGACCUGUUCCGUGUUCGCCUGCACAGGAGACACCAUCGACACAUGCGGAAGAAGAUUUCCUGACUACGAAGCGAACACGACCGCUGUGUUCGAAGAGAUCAGUAUCGAAGCUGUGGUGCCAACACCUAACACUGAUAACACUCUAGACGCUGCCGAUUCCGCGUUCUAUCCGGUGUCGCUGGACGUUUCCAUCAUGCCGCUGAAAUCGCAUCAGUAUACGUUCGACAGCGUAUCAAACGGAAGCACGACUACGUACUUUCUGAAUCUUAAUAGCGAGGUUGAAGACCUAUACUCUUUCGCUGUAUGGGGCAGGGUCUUCGCAACUGACGGCGAGGACGCUUCCCCGCCGCUCGUGGAGCUCGGGGACAAUUCCUCCUCAAUCCAAAGCUUUGCGAUCAUUCUGCUGGUUCCAACAAUUUUCUGCACGUUCAGG